AACGUUACGCACAUUUCUGCGCAAACGCCCCUGUCCUCUCUUUUGUUCCCCAUUCAUGAAGCGACGUCAGUAAACCGAAGAUGUGUCAACGUAAACGGUAGCCACCCCUUUACAAAGCAGGCGACUGGCCCUUUAAGGGUUAUGUAGCCGGGCUAGCCGAUGUAGGACGAGCUGACCGCCCGUCCGCCUGCCUGCGCUCCCGCUGCCAUCCCCAUCAUGGCCUCCACACCUAUACCAUCGAGGAUGAACCGACCAGCCAGCGGCUCUUCCCUUCCCGGAGCGGAGACGGACGUCAAGCCGAAGCAGAGGCACCGGUAGAGGCGAGCCGCUCCGGGGAGAGCCGCCUCAUCCCAUGCCACCCCGGUCUCCUCCAUGCCUUCGUCUAAAGCCAAGUACAGCUAUUCGAUAAAGAGGAGUGCGAACCCGGGCGGAGGCAGCGGUAGCGGCGGCGGCGGCAGAAACAUGACAACAAACAGGGAUUAUUCUGUUAAUCUGUCGGUGCAGCAAGUGCUGAGCCUUUGGGUGCAAGGCACGACGCUGCAGCACUUCACAGAGAUGUGGUACUGGGUGUUCCUGUGGUGUCUCUUCUCCUCCCUCUUUGUCUACGGGGCGGUGGGGCUGCUCAUGUUGGUCAUGCUGCAGCGCCACAAGAGGGGCCGCCUCAUCACCCUGGUGCUGGUCAGCGUGGGUUUCCUGGCCUCCCUCUCCGGAGGCGUCAUCACCAGCGCUGCGGUGGCGGGGGUGUACCGCGUGGCAGGGAAGGACAUGGCACCGCUGGAGGCUCUGGUGUUGGGCGUGGGCCAGACCGCCCUCUCCAUCAUCAUAUCCUUCUCACGCGUCCUCGCCACUCUGUGAAGCGAAACCCCUCGACGAGUAGACGCACAGACGCUGAGACAAGAGCAAAUGAAUCAAGCCAGUCCGAGAUUUCUCGGCGGCUGGGUUUGUUUAAGGAGACGAGGCAGAGAUGCUCUGGACCUUUGGGGCUGGAUGCAGGAGACAGCGCCCCCCGGUGUCUCUGCUCUGUUACUGCCACAAUCACACUGCAAUUCAGAGGGAAGUCGAUGCAGGCCGGUUGUCUUCAUGUCAGAGAGCAGCACCAGGCGGAGACGGCCCAAUCCUUAUCUUGUUGGCUUGAAAGCCAUGUUUUCGGGUGUUUCCAGAGUUACAUCACUUCUAUAUGCCAACAGCCUUCUCUGGGACAUCCAGAUGCCUUUUAUGGCCCCUGACUCUUUAAGGCUUUCUGUUGCACUUGUGGGCGGAGGGGAAGGGAAACCUUUUCUUUUUUUUGUUUUUGUUUUUUAAAGCAGAGUGACGACUUGUAAGGACGAUCUGAUGAUCUCCUUCGGUGAUCAGUGGGAGAACUAAAUAUGAGCAAUGCGAGGUGUUUAGGGAGUGACACAACAUUUUUUCUUCAGUAUUAAACAUCAGCCUCACCGGUCUUCACGUACGGUUUAUCAUGAUCAGUCCUUGCCCUUAACUGGUUUUAAAGCUGCACCAUCCAACUCACGAGCAACAUGCAGCUUUGAAUUUUGCACUUUGUAAAUGUUUGAGAUGCUGUUUGCCUAACAGGGUGUGAAAUCAGUAGACGAGGAGGAGAAAACCAGCAUCGCCGCUACGUUUGGUUUAAAAUAUAUUUUCAUUGUGUGCCAACGAGAACUCCGAUUAAAGUUAAAGGAGUUAAGGGCAUGUUUUGACACAUAGGGAAAUAUGCUCAUUCGCUUUCUUGCUGAGAGAUACAUAAGGACAUGCCACUCUCCCGUCUGUAUGGUAAAUAUGAAGCUACAGUCCGCAGGUGGCUAUCUUAGCUUAGCAUAAAGACUGGAAACAGGAGGAAACAGCUAGCCUGGCUCUGUCCAAAGUUAACAAAAUCUACCUACCAGCAACUCUAAAGCUUAAUCAUUACCAAGUUAGCUUGUUUAGUUUAAAAAAAAAACUAUUAUACUCCUUUUCCGCAUCAUAUUUGUACUCUUAGGGUCUUCUGUUUACAUGCUUUGAUGUUCAAAAAAAAUAUUAUGUUUCUCAUACUGCCUAUUGCUGCAGCUCCUCCACCUGAAACAGUAUGUCUGAGCUAUUAGCCCACCUUCCUGAAAAACCCAGUCUGCUCUGAUUGGUCAACUGGCCCCUGUUGUGAUUGGUAACCAAAUUCAAAAAAAGCCACUGGGCAGGCUGUGCUUGCUCAGGCAGCACCAGUGGGUAGCACAUAUGAAAAACUGGGCUGGCAUUCUCAAUCAAUGAGAUCACUAAUUGAGGAAUUUCAGUCAGGAAUGUGGGCGAGAUCAUUUUUAGGCAGUUGAGAAAAGGUGUUGUCUGUGGGAGAGAAAGCUCCAUUUGGAGUGAAAUGUUGUUGUUUUUUUACUUUAUACAUCUACUACAUUCACAAAAAAACUAUACAGCAUACUAAAAGAUGGGAAAAUCCAAAAAGCAUAAUAGGGGCUCUUUAAAUACAACAAUUUGCAGUUUUACGGGGGUUAUGUGCCUGAUUUUGUCUUUGCUUGAAGCAAAAACUUGGAACAUGGAGUCGAGAGCAGUUGUUCCAAGCCAAGAAAUAGUCACCACAUAGAGAGGCAAAGUCCCUCCCCUUUCCGGUGGACCCCCAUGGGACCUUAUUUCGGAAAAUAAAUAUGUACAGUAGUGAAUGACGAGAGACAAAUAUUUAAUUGAUCCCGUUUGAAUGGAGCAAUGAAUUACACACAUGAUGUUCAUCAAUUUAAAGAUCAUUUUUCAAGUCAAGAAAGUUUCAGUUUGUCGUAAAACUGUUGAAGUAUAAUACUGUGAAAAUACAUAAUUAGAAAGACUACUCACCCCAAAGUCACGUUACUUACAUAAGCAACAGGUCUUGCUCGUUCUUUUGUUUCUUGGCAGAUAAAAACACAUCAGGUAGACAACGUUAUGUGUUGUAGAAUAUAACUUGAAUAUAACUUAUAGUAUUGUGAAAGCUGUAGUAACAGACAGUUAUAAGCACUUCUGUGUCAUUUGUGUCUCACGAAACAGUCGUACACACAAUUCUGUCCAUAUUGUAUCUGUGGUUCUAUCUAUAUGUUGUUACGCUGUUUGUGUGCACAAAAAAACAGCGCAAUGCGUUGUUAGAAAGUGGUAUUGCUAACAUGGCUAACCUGGAUAGAGCUAAUGAAAACACUGAAAAUCUGACUUGUAAAUGGAACGCGUUGAACUGGGUGUGACAUCAUUCCCGGCUUCUGCUUCCGAGUUUCUGAGGUAAACGGAACAGGCUAUUAGCUAAGUUAGCUAGCUAGAGCAAGCCAAGUAGCAAAAAAGUUGACGUAUAUUGUGUGAGACGAGAUAUGUAUUUCACUGAGCGCUUUCACACAAUACACACAAUAAGUGGUACUACGACAAACUAAGACUUUCUUGACUUGCAAAAUUAUCUUUUAAAUUUACAAACAUAUGUGUACUUCAUGGCUCAAUUCAAUCUAGGUCAAAAAAAUUGUUUGUCUCUUGCCAUUCAAAAAAAUAAGGCUCAUGGGGUCAAACUCUCAGCAAGAAAGAGAUUAAGCGUUGAAAUAUGUCUUUAAAGUAUACAGAACGGCCUGGAUGAGCCCUCGGAAGGGUUUGCAUUGAGCAGGUUUGAUUCGGGUGUGGUUAGCGUAAGAUCAGGUUCCUCUUAUUCAGGUUUUAAGAAAGAUGGGGGUUGUUUUGCUGCUUGAGAUUUACAUUUUCAAACAAAAUAUUCUGCGUCCGUGAGUCCUGGUGCAGAUUUUCUGUAAUAACAAUGGAAUCCAUUACUAACAUUGUCUGAACUGCUACAGCAUACAUUCCCCCGUGAAAAGCCAUCCCUCCCUGGAGAAGGUCAGACCGAUUCUGCUGCUCAGACGGCCAUUUUUCUAUGGCUUCCUCUUUUUCUUGUUUUGUUUAUCAACCCAUGUUCCUUAAGUUUAACUUUGCAUAUUGCACUGAAAUGAACUGCCUUGUUUUAGCCCAGCGUGUGGUGAUACCACUCUGGUGUGACCCAAUCCAGUAAACACUGUUAUUAUUCACAGAAAUCAGUGAUAAUAGACACUGAUAAUCAAAGAAGAAGAAUGUGCGUGAAGCUACUGUAUUUACUCAAACUGGUUUAUCAUGUUGAUGCAUUUGUGAACCCAUAAAUCCUCCCAAAAUUCAAACAGAUUAUCUUUUGUGCAGCAGGGUGAGAGGAGUUAGAUUCUAAUGCCAAAGUAUCGCUGACGUUCUAGCUUUAUUUAUUAUCUUUGUGCCAGUCAUUUAAUUGAUAUCAUAGCCACGGAUUUUUGUUUUUGUUUAUUCAGUUUUAGAAACAUUUGCACAUUGGCUCGGCCCCCAGACCUGUGGUACAACUUCAUAAAACCACAGUUUAUAUGAAUUUGAAAAGAAGAAAAAAAGAUGCUUGCGUCGUUAAGUGUGUGUGCUGUGUGGUUUUGUAGCUCUAAAGGUAAAUGAGUUAUGUAAUUGACACAGCUCACCUUCGGUACCAGCUCAGCACACAAGAGGGCGAUAUUGCACAGAAAUGAAGUGGCAGCCUGAAUGCCUGAAAGAUGAUUGUGGAUUUUAAAGAAUAAUGAAAAUGCUACACAGUGUUUUGAUACAGACAUCGGACAAAAAAAAAAUGUUUUCUAUCCUAAUUUUCUCCCACAAAAAUGUAAGUGUUAAAUUUGAGAACCCCCCUCCUUUUUAUCCACUGAAUGCUCGACAUAUUGUUCAUACUACCUGCUUGAAUGUUUUAGCUCAAUUUCAGGGACCAAAUGUGAGUUGCUGCUGAUGACUCACCUGCUGUCAUAGUGGGGCAGUUUCUGCAUGUUUGUGUGUAUGUGUGGUUCAUAGGAGACAUGUGAGUAUUGUUGCUGUAUUUGGUGUUGGCAUGUGAGUAGUAUAACAGAAUUUAUUUUCUUUCCUUAGAGUGGGUUGUUCACAUUCUUUAGCGGACCCCUAAAGCGUCAGAAAGGGUGAGGACUUAAUUGUAAGUGACGCCGCGUUCAGAGGAGCAGCUCACUGGGCAAUGUCUUACAAAAUGUGUUGGAAAACUUUUUUAUUUGAUGUGUUAGAAAUGACUAUUACUGCAGAUGAAACCGGCAGACUGGACAUAAGUUGUGUGUACUGUACAUCCAUGAGCUGUAUAUAGCCAUAGUGUACCAAGUCUUCACCUGGAUAGUGUAACCAAGAGCCAAUAUCAACAAACAAACCACUGGAUAGUAUUCAAGGUGAUUUUGGGAGUAUUCACACCCAGUGCCAUGAUCGCUCUGAUGAUGACUACUGCGUUUUAUUCUGCUCCAGGUUCUGUGAUUCAGCCGCCGUCUAAGUGGCUGUGUGACUGUGUACUGCAAUAUCUAAGGAGACACCCAGCAACUAAUAAUCCCCUCUAGACUUUUUAAAAUGCCAUCGCACUGCAGCAAGACGCCCAGCUCAAUAAUCCUGUCUCUUUCAUAGGCUUAUAACUAAAGCUGCCCCCUCAGUCUCCUGUUGUCCAAAUGCCACAUAUUUCCCCCCGGACACUUGCUGUGUACCCGCUGUGAUUGCAUGUGCAGUGCAGCUCAGAUAAUGUGUGAAUGGGACUAUAUGGACAAUCCAACAAGAGACAAUGUUGUACAAAAACCCAAAGUGGCACUUGUAGAUAAUGUACAAUAUGUUCUUUUUUAAAUUUUGUACCAGCCAAACCGCUGAUAUUUAUAACUAUUGCCUAUUUAUGUACAAAUUGUUCCUCCUGUACAUACUCAACAGCGAGUUGAAUUAAAAAUCU